AUGGGGGAUAAUGGCGACAAUCAGAACCAAGUUCCUGUCACCGACCUCGCUGCCGCCCUGGAAACUCAAGGGCAGGAGCUCGCUCGGCUACAGCAGCAAUUGGCCAUGCAAAAUGGAGGACCUGCACGCUCCUGCAAGCUCCCUCCCGUCUGGAAGGAAUCGCUGGAGGGCUGGUUCGCGCACGCCGAGUCCAUGAUGGCAUGCCAUGGCGUCACCGCUGAUGAGAUGCGCUACAACCUCAUCGUGACCGCUCUGGACGCUGCUAUGACGAGGGACCUUCUGGACGUGCUGCAGGAUCCACCGGCCGAAGGCAAGUACGAGCGCCUGAAGGCGCAAGUUUUAGCGCGUUUUGGCCUGUCCGCCGAGCAGCGGCUUCGCACACUGUACAGCGGCAUCCAGACGGAGGGCCGCAAGCCGUCGAGCAUCCUCCACGAGAUGAGGCGUCUCGCAGGCACCAGUAUCGACGACGCUGGGCUGAAGGUUCGCUGGCUCGACGUGCUGCCGCCCAUGUCGCAGCAGGUUCUCCGCGUCAUGCGCAACGCCUCGCUUCAGGAGCUAGCUGAAGCCGCAGACGAGCUUUACAAGCUGCCAGGCGCCUCCGUGUCGGCAGUGAGGCAGGGCUCACGUGGCACAUCGCCGGCUCGCACUGCCUCCACCGGCUCUUCCAUCAGUGGGGACAUCGCUGAUCUGCGUGCCGGGAUGGCACAACUGCUGUCAGCCACGAAGCUGGUUCUCGAGGCUGUCACCGCCUCGACGCAGUUCUCGCGCCCUGGUUCGCAGCAGUCCGGACGUGGCCGCAGCCGAAGCCGUGGCUCAGGAAGCCGCUCGGCCUCACCAGCACCCAACGGCCACUGCUACUACCACUAUCGCUUCGGUGCUUCAGCAGAGCGCUGCCGUCAGCCCUGCACCUUCGUCGCCAGCUCGGCGCCGAAAAACUAA